AUGGCAGAUCCUUCAACCAUUUACGAGUUUCUGAAGCAGCAGCAGCAGCAACAACAACCACCAACCUCAUCAUCUUCAGCUUCACGACCUAGAAAAUCAGCAGCACCACCAACAACGAGAACUUUCCAAUGCAACUUCUGUUACCGCAAGUUCUACACUUCUCAAGCUCUUGGUGGUCACCAAAACGCUCACAAACUUGAACGAGCUGCUGCAAGAUCAAGAACCAUCAACCUCAACAACAAUGAUGUUGUCUCUCUCUCAUCAUCACCUCAACCACCACAACAACAACCACCACCACUACCGACUCAUUUUUCACUCAUCAAUGGCUCCAACAUCUCCAACUCCAAACCCUUGACUGUGUCUGAACAUCUUGAACAUGGUCAUUUCUUUCAUCAUCCUCAUCCUCAUCCUCAUCCUCAUCAUCACCAUCACUCUUAUUGGCAACAGUUCGAAAUGGAGUCGUUACAGUUUCAAACACAUCAUCCUCAUCCUCAUCAUCACCAUGUUGCAACAACAACAACAACAACAAACACUCUUCCUAUGGUUCAUUUCAAUCCUUCUGCUGCUUCAACUUCAACUCAUCCUCACCAUGUUUUCUCCAACAAUGCUGCUUCUGCUUCUCCACCUCAACUUGUUGAUGCAUCUGACCAUGUCAAUCUUGACCUCACACUUCACUUGUGA